ACGGAGGCAAUAUCAGGAAAAAAAAAAAACGUUUCUUCUAUAUUGAUUUAACUUUCUGAUAUGUAGCCUCUUACGGGAACUUGAAAUAAAUAUAAAAUAGAUUCAGAAUUGUUAAUACCGAGCCAGGUGCCUCGCCUUUUACUAGUUACAGCCCUGUUCCGUUUUUCAUACACUGAUUCCAGCAGGCCCAUACUCUUGGAGUUUCAUAAGCGUUUGUAUAUUCGCGUUAAGACAAAAGCAAAAGGCGGUAUGGAACAGGAAGGUCUCGUUCCAGUCCCUUCUCGUCUAAUGCGUCUCGGCCAUAUUGCCUGCUUGAUUAACAGACUGCAAAGUAGGCUGCAUUUUUCACGGUUCACAGAAUUAUACAUAUCUCCCCUCACUGACGCGCGGUGAAUUUUCAUUCGUGCAACUGGAAAUAUUUUGGCGGAUAUUUCCCGUCGCAAUCGUGCCUUGACACUGAGCGAUGCUGGAACUCGAAGGCAACUCAGUUUACUUCCUGCUUUAGAAUAUAUUGCGCGUGUGUAGUGCCUCAGCCAAAAGCCUUAAAAUUUGCAUGAUAACAGAGGACCCUAAUAUAGAGCUAGGCUGUCUGAAACUAAACGAGAAAAUUACACGAUACCCACAGUGUGCUUGUAUUUUUUUAAUCGAACAACCUUUUCGAAAGAAAGAAUCAAAAGCUUUGUUUUUAUGUUUGAGCAGAUAUUUUUGACUGUUUUUUAAUGUGUAGAUCAAUACAGCCCACUUCGCCGAGGGGGUUAACUUAAAUGCUAAUUAAUUAAAACAAAAAGUCGGUAACCGACAUCAGCGUUAUUAUUUUGAGUUCAUGGCGGCAGGGCCUAAUACAACUGUCGAAUGGUUAUCAUAACUUUGGCAAAAAAGGUUCAUCGGUGUUUAAGUCUAUGCUUCAACGUCAAUGUCGAAAUUCCCUGAUCCACCCUCGCGCUAUGUAAAAUAACAACCGGGUACCAAACGACCAUAUUAUUCCAUACAGCAACUUCAACCUCGUGUUGUCCGAAAUGCGUUUGCUGCUUGCCUUGUGUUGCUGAAAAUAAUUCAGCUAUUUGUCGCUUUUACUUCAGAAACAUUAAUCUGGGCAAAAACAUUACUCCUCUGAGAUGGCCAGUUAUUCAUCCGCGACACAGAGAAUUAUUUUUCUGCUGCUACUUAUCGCACAAGAUCGGGUCGCAAGCACAAGUCUUGGAGGUGAUAUCACUGCAGAUACAGAUCUAACGCUCGAUGGAUCCCCUUACCUCGUAUCACAAGAUCUCGUUGUAGCUGAAAACGCCACUCUGACUGUCCACCAAGGAGUCCAAUUACACUUUGAGACUGGAGUUGCUUUACGAGUUAAGGGUUCUCUGCAAGCCAAAGGGAAUCCACGUGGAAGAAUAGUCUUCACCAAAUCACCGGUUAACAAUACUUAUAAUGAUGGAAUACGCCUAAGCGAUGGGAACAGUUCCAAAGAGGGUCGGCUGGAAAUUUUCCUUAGAGGACAAUGGAUGCCUGUGUGUGAUAAUCGUUGGGAUAUGAGAAAUGCUGAGGUUGCUUGUAGACAACUAGGGUUUCUGGGCGCCAAAAGGUACUACAGACAUCCCGGGGGAACUGGAUAUACUUGGUUAAAUGAAGUCAACUGCCAGGGAACUGAGAUGAGUCUGGUGGAGUGCAAUUAUCGAACUACAUAUUUUUAUUGCGAUCACGAUAGAGAUAUUGGAUUAGAGUGCUACAGCCUGGCAAACUGGAAAGGAAUUGAGUUUUCUAGUUCCGAAAAACUCUCCUCUCUUCAAUAUGUGGACGUGUCCCUAGCACACGAAGCAAUGAAGAUUAGGGAGGUUACUCCAGAUCUUGACCACGUGACAGUUAGAAGCUCUAUAUAUGGAGUGAGGUCUGCCAAUGCAAGUUCUCCGCUGACCAUUAAGGAUAGCAGUAUCAGCGGUAACGUGUUUGCAGUGAUUUCUGACAAUGCAAGUUCUCCGCUGACCAUUAGGGAUUGCAUUAUCAGCGAUAACGUGUUCGUAGGCAUCCAAAUUAAAGACAGAUCAAAGGGACUUACGAUUGAGAACACUGUAGUGAGCAACACAAUUAAGGGACACGGGUUGAGUUAUAACCUAGAUGCUGAUCCAGUAAAUUUUUGUUCUGACGAAGUGGAAAAUAUGACUUCAUUUCCAAUUUUUUUCGAAGCGUUGGGCAAACCUAGAACGACUGGCGACUGUGCCAAGACUAUUAAAGCUAGUCCGGGACAGCUCUUGACUGUGUAUUAUCAAUCAAUGACUGGAGAAGACUUCGAACUAGAUGUACGCGAUGGCAACAACAAAAACGCCUCACAACUUGAGCUCGUCAACGAGUCGACAGGUGUCAGUCAGGCUGUCACGCUAUCGUCAAGUUCUGGUCACGAACUCUACAUAAGGUUUCGAUACAGCGCGGGAUACAGAGAAGAAGUCAGAAUAAGAUUCGUAAUCACGGACGGUAGAGUUGCUCCCUCUCUCGUCAUAUCAAACUGCACAUUCCGUGACAACCACAAAAAGGGCGUCUCCUUAUCAGACUUUAUGGGAAAUACGAUCAUUGGCACAACUACUGUGAUUCGGAAUAAUGCCGGAGGCAUGACCGCUGAACGAGUCUCUGGAACACUCGCAGCUACCAACAGUCAUUUUAUCAACAACAGCGCUAAUGGUUUGGAGAUCUUGGACAGCAGCUUUCUGUCAUGUAAUCUGCACGAGCUGUCAAGCAAAGAAAAUGAAGGCAAUGGGUCAUAUUUCCAUUUUGUUGCUUCUCUUGAUAGUAAUGUGUCUCACUCGGCUUUUGUUGGAAACGCCCACAAUGGAAUUGUAAUCGCUAAUAGCGCCAGUCACAUUGCAUUCAGGAACGUCACGGCGGUUUUAAACAAGUACAGCGGCGUUCAAAUUCAUGAUGGCCAAGUCUCGUCCAGUUUCGAAUCUUGUAAUUUGUCGAGCAAUAGAGAAGACGGUUGUUACAUAUCAAACCAGGCCGGAGAUCAUCAGUUCUUCAACUGCACGGCAAAUUCCAAUUUGAGGCAUGGUGUUAGCUUCUCCGACCCUUCGUCUGCACCAAGGCACUUCUUCGAGCAAAUAAGUCUUAUAGAUAACACCAUCAACGACAACACGCAAUAUGGAUUCAAACUAACUCCCGAGGGUCAGUAUAGCAGUGACUCAGCUAACAUUACCAUGGUAAUCAUCAAUAACCAAUUCAUGCGUAACGGCAGAGGAGGCAUCUUUUUGUCUCCAGAUCAUUACUGGUGGAAAAAACCAAGAAGAGUGCAGGCAAGCGUUACAGACAAUCAUUUUGAACAGAACAAAGUAAACACAUUUCACGUUUUCUGUGUUUACCUGGAAUUGGUUAUUGAAUCCAACACAUUCAUAAACAACACGGAUAAAGUACUGAGCUUGAUGAACAACAACCGCUGUGGCUCAAACAAAGAUCGGGACCCUAACCUUAAUCCUGUUAAGGUGGAAAUAAAUGAAAACAGAUUCAUGAAGAACCGCGCUGAAAAUGUUUUAUUUAUCGACUUCAGUUCGUUCCCUGAAGCGGUUUCUGCUAUCGUGAGGAAUAAUACGUUUGAAGACAACGAAGCCGCAACGAAAGACCUUUUUCCAAAUUUUUAUCGUCGUUCAACAACUCGGGCAGUGAUCGUUCUUAAAGAAGGUAGUUUUACCUUGAGCGAAAACAUUUUGGAAAAUCCCAAGUUUGCGUACCAGCUCUCAACCUUGCGUCCUGAUUACCAACGAAGUAUUGAUGCUAAAUUCAACUGGUGGGGAACAGCAGAGGAAUGCGAAAUCGUGGACAGAAUCUUUGAUUUCCAGCACAGGGUACAAUUGUCUCCAGUGGAGUUCUUCCCUUACCUUCUGUCCUCAAACAAGACAAGAGUCAUUAAUUCAAGCAUACCAAGACUAUCCUGCUUUCUUAAAGGUGCAACGAUUGGUGGGAUCGUAGAUAGACCGCUGGCCUUAUUGAGCGAGGAGUCGCCUUACGAAGUUCGAGGUGACAUCAUCAUCCUGACGAAUGGGUCGCUGUCCAUUCCGAAAAAUGUGACGUUACAGUUUCCUUCCAGGUCAGCAAUGGUUGUACAAGGAACGCUUCUGGUCAAUGGAACAGAAAACGAAAAAGUACGAUUUCUAAAAAAGCAACACCGAGAAGAAUUCCGACUGGGUGGAGGGACUGGACCGUGGGAGGGUAGAGUGGAAUUUUUGGUCAAUGAUACCUGGUGGCCAUUGUGCUUGCCCCCCAACAGCUCUUUCACCACCAAAGCGAAAAGCAUUUGCCAACAACUCGAUCUCUACUAUGAAACCUAUGCUACACAUUUCCCUCCUGGCCAGGAAACUGGCUUCGUCCACGACGUUGUCUGUGAUGAGAACGCUACUGGUGAUACAAUGAGCUGCAGAGCCAAUACCUGGAGUUAUGGACCUACAUGUUUUGGAAAUAUUGUGCAAGUCUCCUGUCAGAAUUACAGCUGGGCGGGGCUUCAUCUGGCGAUGUCAAACCAUCAAAGUUCAUUGGAACACCUGGAAAUCCAAGAUGCUGGCUACGCCUAUCGCAGUGAAAUCCAGAUUCCUGGGGCAGCUCUCAAAGUAGAUCUGUUUCACCACAAUAUAAGCAAUGUUUUCAUAAACAAUUCAGUGGGUAUCGGCGUGCAACUGGCAUACCAUAAUUUGUUUCACAACCAGUCCUUGAUGCCACAUUCUACAAUAUCAAACACAAAAUCUCACGGUGUUCUGUCGAAGUCCCCUUCCCUGUCACUUACAGACGUGAAGAUGACAGGGAAUGACGGCAGCGGUUUUGUUCAGGAAAGUUAUUGGGAUAAAAUAAACAAUUUUGCAGCUGAAAUGGCCAGUGCAGAUGUGAACAAGACUCUCCACGUCUGCUCGGAAAACAGAACAUUUCUACGAGCCAACAAAGUGUUCUAUUUCACCUUAGAAGCACUUGAACGGAGCUCGCAUCUCAGAUGUCAGCAUAUCAUGGAAACAGAGCCCGGUUACAAAAUCGUUCUUCAGAGUCUUUAUUUUACCUCUUCGUAUCGCAAGUCAGAACGUGAUUUCUUACACGUAUACGAUGGUGCGAAUGCAUCAAUUGGUCCACCUUGGAAGAUGGAAGCUUUACCAUGGAAGAAUCGUUAUGUUUACAAACAAAUCAUCCAGUAUUUAUUCAACUCUACCAAAUCACGUGUCGUGUUUGAUCUGAACAAACGCGCCUGGGUGCAUCUUGCCACCAACUUCAUUGCGUAUACAGUGAAAGAGAACGAACAACUUCGUUAUAUCAGUGGGGAGAUCAACAUAGAUCGAGUAAACAUCAGCAACAGUCUUCAAUACGGUGUCCUUAUAACAGGAAACUCGUUAAAAUCUCUCAGCAUUACAAAAACAGACAUUACCAAGACCAAAGGCUAUGGAAUAUAUAUUAGACUAUGGGACAUUAACAUCGUUAAAAUCAUGUCAACAAAUCUUCAACAGAAUUUAAAGGGGAUUAGUCUUCCGGAAAUGACUUCUACAGAAUUAACGAUCGAGAACUGUGUUAUCAAUGGUUCCGUGUUGGAGGGCGUGAGUAUAAAGAACGAAGUCGAUAGUGCUAUACGCAUUGUAAACACCAGUGUCACGUACAAUGAUUUCGGAGUCAGGAUCUUUGAUCAGAAAAGCUUUAAGUUAUUCGUCAGCGGUAGUACAUUUUCUUGGAACAAGUAUGGAGCCAUUUAUUUCUAUCGCUCCCUUUUGCUUGACGUCAAAGGCGAUUUGCCAGUCGUACUGUUCAAGUCCAAUUAUUUCUUUCGUAAUCAGGGACUCGCUGUUGACAUCAGAACCAAGGGCUCAUGGGUAUUUUUGAAUAACACUUUUGAGGAAAAUCGAGGUAUGUCUGUCGUCUCAUUUCACAGAUUUGACCGUGCUGGCUGGUCAUCGCCCUUAGUUGUCCAUAGUAAUUUGUUCCUGGCAAACGAGUGCCCAGAUAAAGCAGUGAUUAACAUUGGAAGUGGAGUGACGCGUAAUGAUGUAAUCAUUACAAACAACAACUUCACGUCCAAUUUAGGACGCUGUGUGUUCCGUGAAGAGACACCUGCAUUUUUACCCGCCCAUGUUCCAAUUUCCAUCACAGAUAACCUGUUUAAUGAGAAUAAUUGCGAAAAUAAUAGUGUCAUAGAGGUCCUUCACUUAGACGAAAACGCAACUUUGGUGAACAAUAUUUUCACACGAAACAGGGGAGAGAACGUUGUCUUUCUUCAAGUGACCCAUGGCAUCGACACAGCGAUUCAAGGAGGAAAGAUCGCUUUCAACAACAACACUUUAUCCAAUAACUUUGUUUACAUCUCAUCACAUUUGUCUCCUGCAGACGAUUCUUGUGCGCUUGUUCUUUCUGGAAUUUACAAAGAAUCAGGUAUCAGGUUUAACAAAUUUAAUAAUCCCAGCUUUACAAGGGAACUCUGUGUCAGGUUUCCCGCCACUUCUUGGAGUGACGUUGUGGAUGUGACACAUAACUGGUGGGGUACAGUUAUUGGAAGCGAAGUGCGUGACAGGAUUUCAGAUUUUGAUGAUAAUUACGAUUUUGCUAUUGCCGAUGAUUGGCCUUUUCUUCUGAGUGGCGAUGACCCAACUUCAACCACCGUCAAUCAACACGAUUUCAAACAACAUGGAAAAGUUCUUUCGGGACGAUUGUUUGACUCUAUAACACUAAAAGCCUCUCAAAGCCCGUACAGCGUGACUUCAGAUUUGACCGUUCUAGAUAACGUCACGCUAACUGUAGAAGCAGGAGUUAUGGUCAAGGUAAGCCCAGGGAUGAGCAUACUUGUUGUUGGAGCGCUCAAAGCUCACGGAACGCUUGACAAACCAGUUACAUUCACGAUACAGGAGCCUGCAAGCAGUAAUAAAGAUUCACUUCUCCCUGUGCGACUUAUGCAUGGGAAUUUCCCCUGGGAGGGGAGGGCAGAGGUUUUUCACAACAGGUCUUGGACACCAAUGUCUGCUCCCACCAAUAUGCACGUGAGGAACAUCACUGAAGUAGUAUGUAGACAGCUUGGAUAUGGUCCACCAGUCGCUACCGUGGUAAGCACUGAUGCAUUUAGCCAGAAUGCCAACGGGUCGCAGCCUGUAGAAUUUCUUUGUCAUGGAGACGAAACAUUUUUACAUGACUGCCUUACAAAGCCGCCGACACUCGAUUCCAGCAGUAUGAUAGAUGUUAUAGCGAAGUGUCGGGGGACAUCCUGGGGAAAUCUACGUUUUGUAUCUUCCAAAGACGAGAACAUGUCCCAGUCCGUCUUGACUCAUGUUCAGUUUUCACACUGUGGUAACCGCCAUGGAAUGGCUGUCCCAGCAGUAGAGGUGGUUACAAAUGUGCCCAAACUGGAAUCCAUCAUCGUGCGAAACUGUACAUCUGGUGGGCUACAAGUUUACUCUCCGAGAACGGACGUACAUCUCAAAAACAGCACUUUUGUGGACACCGGAGGAGUCGGUUUAAGCUUUGUACAGACAAAACGCAACAUUUUCGUGGAUAGUUCGGAAUCAUCAAGAAACCAAAGAGGUAUUGCCUUUGAGGAAGCAAGUGCCCAAAAUGUCCCUCGAGUCCACUUUGGAAGAGUAUCUCUAUGCAGUGAGAGGAAAGCUGUUUUUGUAAAGAAUCAAGUGCAUCUUUAUUUUGAUAUUCCAAGACCCAAGAGUACAAGAAUAGGUUGUCAGAAAGUGCUGAUGGUGGAAAGAGGUAAAGGAAUCAAGUUAACUGUGUUAUACUAUUUGGGAGAGCAACGUUUUGUAAUGUACGACUCCAUUAACACUACUACAGCAGUUGUGGACAAGUGGAAUCACCGUAUAGCGGAACUUGUUCAUAAAGAGUUGAUUAUACCACGUGAUGCUAUUUUGGUGCAGUGGAGAGGAGAUAUCAACUCUGAGAUCGCUAUUUUAGUAGAAGCCAUAGGUAUUAAUGAUGCUCCAUGCACCUACGAGCUUGACUUGUGCGGCUGGCAGACAUUCACCAAUAUGUCAAUAAAUGGAAUUAAUGUUACGCGGACAUGGAAAAGAGUCACCAAACAUUUCUCGAGAGAUGGCGCAUCUGAUUACACUUACGGCUCUAUCAAAGGAAAAUGGCUAUACGUUGGCAAUGAACAAAAGCCAUAUGUUGGCGGGCGCGCAGCCAUGAUCAGCCCUCCAAUUACAAACCAGUCCAAGAUAUGCUACAUUGUGUUCUUUUACCGGGUGGGCAAAAAAGAUAAAGCUGGACUGUCACUCUACAUACAGACAGGAACGUUUCCCGCAAUUGAACAGAGACUUCUCUGGAGCGCCAAAUCUAAAAAGUGGUGGGAAUGGAAAAAGGCCAUCGUAGAACUUCCACAAGAUUUGGAUGAGUAUAGAGUGUUGUUUGAAGGUGCAUUUGAGUCAUUCCAACCUCCACCAUAUCAUCCGAGAAACUUUGUGAUUAUCGACAACCUAGAACUAAGAAGAUGUUCGGUUAAAGGAGAACACCGCAUUUCCAACAGUGUAUUCAGCAACAACAUCCACCAAGCCAUAAACUACUCCUCUGUAACCGAUAAAAGCAACAGAAGACCUGGUUUCACCAUUGAAAGGUGUAAAAUUAUCGACACGGCGAUCUCUGCCUCAAACGUGUCUCAAAAGAGCGCCAUUUCCCUAGAUAUUCAGGAUAAUAGUUUCACCAUCGCCAACAACUUCAUCUCUGGAAAUCUCUUGGGUGGAAUUCAAGCGCGUUUAGGCCGGAGCGACGGAACAAGCUUUCCAAGAAGCUUAAUAUACGGCAAUACGUUUUCCGGUAAUGUGAAUGGAACAAUACUAGUACAAAAUAGAACUGACUUUGAGACAUAUUUCAGCACUGUUUACAUUACGGACAACAUCUUUGAAAGCAACUUGGGCACUGGUAGCACCAUGAAACUUUCUGAGGUGCAAAGUGUGAUCUCAAACAAUUUUUUCUACAACAACUCAGGGUUACACACGAUACAAUAUAGCUUUUCUAGCAGGUGGCCCAAAGGACAGAAGUGUGAGUCAAACACUUUCUAUCUCAACAAAGGUCUUAGCCAGAACAAAGGUGUAACUAUCGAGUCCAACGGACCAAUGGAAUACCACGGCAACAACUUUAAGAAUCCGUCCAACCUUUACGAGUUCAGUUCAACGAGACAGGUCGAUUCGAUUUACAGUUACUGGUUUGGUACACCGAGACCAUCUGACCCGAUUGAUGCGACCCUGAACUGGUGGGGCGUUGAAGAAGGUUCUUCCGUUGCUUCACGCAUUUACGCUAAUAAAGACGAUUGGAGGUGGGCUACAGUAGAAUAUAUACCAUUCCACAAGUUGCCACAGGGAAACUUUUUUUCAAAUGGUUGUCCCGUCAGCUGGCUGAGAGCAAAAUCAACGUGCUUCGUGUUCAGAGGUGGAAGUAAAACAUUCAAGGAGGCCCAGGAUUACUGCCAGUACCAUGGAGGACAUUUGGCAUCGACUUAUAUACCAGAAGAUAUGGAUUUUAUUAACAAGGCGAUACCGGGAUCAAGACCAGAUGGAAAACCACUUGUUCCUAUAUGGAUAAAAACCGAGGAAAACAUGGUAGUGGGAAAGAGUGGUGAAAGAUGUACCGUAAUGACACUGGACAGAGCUCAAAAAAUUGUCUCGUGUAACAGUCUGUACCCCUUUGUUUGCACAACAACUGCUCGGUCGUGUUACCACUGUGUACCGAACACGAAUAUAGAUCCGCCAGUGUUGUGUGACAAUCCAGUAGACUAUGUCACGGUGGACUGCCCCCAUAAUGCACCUUGCUUUAACGCCACAUUAAUGACGUCUACAAACAAACCGGUUUACGGCUUAGGUUGUGCGGACACCAUCUCGUCUGACUCGCCUGCGGCAAACUGCUCUCAAACUGAGGAGCAAUUGUGCUCAUACAUUACAGCGAGACUGGCAAGCGACUCUCAACUUAUCAGCUCAUGUAGCUCUGUAUGCUGCACGACAAACAAGUGUAAUGGAAAGGACCCAGUCUACUACACUACUACUGUGUCAACAGAAUCCAUGGCACCAUCUGCCACUGCAUCAACAAAAGGUUUCGCUAUUGACUGCUACGAGUGUAUUAACCCGCGCGAAGUUUCUAAAGGAGACGAGUGUAGCAGUGAUAGAUUGAUCACGUGCCCUAGAUCCUACGAUAGGUGUAUGACAAUGAAGUACACCAUGUCUGUUAGACAAUCGGGCCCAGUCUAUGUCGAGCACAGAGGCUGCUCCAACAUUGCCUCGUGUGACCCGAAAAACCUGUUAAAUAGCUGCGCCUUGAUGAAUGUCACUGGCAUGUUGACUGACUGUUCGCUUGACUGCUGUCAAGAUAGACUGUGCAAUAUGCCUAGAGCUCGAGAAUCAAUUACUAAGCCAAACAAUCCACCCAAAGCACGAAAUACAGGUUUUGGACUAGCUGCAAAUUUUGGCACAACUUUGUUGGUUUUAGUACUGGCUAUGUUUUCUAGGUAUUUAGCCUAACCUGCACAGCCUACUGUUUUUUGUUUUUUUUUUCCUGAUAUAUAUAGUUUCAAAAUAUGGCCACAUUACACAUCUCUCAGGUCAAAAACCUGAGAGUCGUCGUAGGUUAAGUUUUCUCUUUCUUGUUAAGUUUUUUGAUGUUUUUUUUUAAAAAGCCGAAAGAAGUGCGGGUACAUUUUGUAACCGGUAAUCUACAAUCAAUUUAACAAAAAAAAGCCUUGUGCUGUAGUUGAUGAUUUUAAGGUGACAGGCCAAAACGCAGGGACAGAAGAGACAAUUUGUUGAGUUCCUCUUUGCUUCUCUUUCAAUACGAGAAAACAUCCCGUGGAAAAAAGAAAUUCUUGUUAUGUUUGAAUAAAAAUGGAUACGCCGGAGAAAUUUUAAAACGCAGCUUAGUUUCUACGGUAGGCCCUCCGUCCACACUAAUCCGUCACGAAAACGGAGCUUUUUGAAAACGUUCUUCAAACCGGAGGAAUUUGAAAACGGCGGCUUUUCGUUUUAGUGUGAACGUUAAACCUUUCGAAAACGGACCAUUUUCGAAAACGAUGACGUCACGAUAAUAAUAUGAUUUCUCUGUCCGAGUUUUUCUCAACCACAAAUCCAAAAUGGCCGGUUAUUGUUGCGUUUUUUAACAUUUGAUGCAUUAUCAGAGUAAAACCUGCGUUUUUAAAUUCCUCCGGCAUAGUGUGGACGAGUCUACAGGAGAUAAUGGUCAAAGAGAUGCAGUCGAGUUUGACUAGAAAACGAGGGCGAGUUGUCAAAAGCGUAAUUGUUUCCCCUCCAACCAUUGGAAAUUUUAUGUUCUAAAAGACUACUUCUCAGCGUUUGAACUUGGUUCUCGGGUUAACAUUUAUUUUCUAGAACAUCAAAUUUCCGGGGGCAGCAAUCGCGGUCACAUUGUGCACAAUUAGGUGCUACCCUCGGUAAAAAGUGUUAACUUACUUGCCUACAGACUCUCGAUGCUACCCCAGCUAUAUCGUUUAUAUACACAACAAUGGAAGAACUGGCAAGAUUUAUAUGGAACUCGCUGAAACUCUCUAUAUACUACCGCCGGGAUUCUCUCCUCUUCUUCAGGGGUAAAAAUCGUGUUGUGGUGCCCCUGGGAAUGUUUCAUUUCACAUUUUUACUGCCAAUGUGGUACCAAUGGUAGGGUUUUUAGAGCUCGCUGCAGUUGGAAUUCGAUAGUGAUAAAGUUUCUGCAUGGAAAAUAACUAGUCUAGGGUAGGGUUGCAAAAUCAAGUUGAUCAUGGUCUAGUAACGGUAUCAGUGUUCUAGCGGUACACCCCUACCCAAUAAUUUACAGAGCACCCCCCC